AUGGCUCAAGAAAUUGUCGCGCCUGUUCCAGCCAACGACGAGUACUAUAAUCUAGGCCCAUUUAACUUUACUAUAACUACCACUAGCGUCGACGCCCAGAUUUGGUUCAACCGAGGCCUUGUUUGGGUAUAUUCAUUCAACCAUGCAGAAGGGGCUUAUUGCUUUCAACAGACUGCUGCGCAUGACCCUGCUUGUGCAAUGGCGUACUGGGGCAUCGCUUAUGCCGUUGGACCAAACUACAACAAGGCAUGGCACAAAUUCGACCACGAUGAUCUCCAUACAUCCGUUAAACUAGGCUACAAGGCAUCCCGAACUGCGAAAGAGCUCGCUGCAAGGGCAAAUGCAUUCGAACAAGGUCUAAUAGUGGCCAUACAGUCGCGUUUCCCGACAGAUCGACCUGCGACUGAUUACCACGCCGUCAAUAAAGCAUAUGCCAGCGCCAUGAAACCAGUGUACGACGCAUUCGGCCAUGAUCUAAAUAUUGCGACUCUAUAUGCCGAUUCGUUGAUGAACAUGGCCCCUUGGGCCUUGUGGGAUCUAUUCACAGGCAAACCAAAUCCGAAGGCCCCGACCAUAGAGGUAAAAGCUGUGCUAGAACAAGCGCUGGCACAGGAGCAGGACGGUGCAUAUCUGAAUCCUGGACUUCUUCACCUGUAUAUACACUUCAUUGAGAUGUCACCCACUCCAGAGCUGGGCAUCAACGUAGCCGACCAUCUGCGUGAGCUUGUUCCCGAAGCUGGACACGUCAACCAUAUGCCUACACACCUAGAUAUCCUGAUCGGAGAUUGGCGGCGCUCAAUCGCCUCAAACUCCAAAGCAACCCUCGUGGACGAGAAAUAUUUCAAAAGAUCAGGCGCGAAAAAUUUCUAUACUUUCUACCGCAUGCACAAUUAUCAUUCUUUGAUCUAUGCGGCUAUGUUUGCCGGCAAAUCGAAGACUGCCCUCAAUGCGGUCACUCGCAUGGAGUCAACAAUUCCCGAAGAAGUCCUUCGAAUUAAGUCACCACCGAUGGCUGACUGGUUAGAGCAAUUUAUGUCUGUUGGCAUCCAUGUAAUGGUGCGAUUUGGUAUGUGGAAGGAACUCAAGGCCAAAGAGCUACCUCACGAUAGGGUACUAUAUUCAAGCACCACCGCCAUAACCCAUUAUGCCAGAGGAAUAGCACUCGCCGCCCUAGGAGACGUGGACGCAGCAAUGAAAGAACAAGAUAACUUCCAUGAAGCGUGGUCACGAGUACCCCAGUCUCGGCGCGCGUAUAACGGCAAAAUGGUCGAUGUGCUCAAGGUAGCCGCAGCCAUGCUGGAGGGAGAGAUUCAAUACCGCUGCGCUAGCUACAACAUCGCCUUUGCUGCCUUCCGCCGUGCAAUCAAUCUCGAAGACGAACUGCCCUAUAGCGAGCCUUGGUCGUGGAUGCAGCCUGUACGGCACGCAUAUGCUGCUUUGCUGAUGGAACAGGGCCAUCUAGAAGAAGCGGCGAAGACAUAUCGUGCGGACCUGGGUUUGGACAAUUCCAUAAUUCGUCCCCGUCGGCACCCUAACAAUGUGUGGUCACUCAAGGGGUAUCAUGAGUGCCUGACACGCCUGGGAAGGAUGGAAGAGGCGGCUGUGAUCGAGCAGUCGGUUAAGUUGGCUCUUGCAGUAGCAGAUGUUCCCAUCAGGUCGUCGUGCUUCUGUCGCUUGGACAAUUCUGAGGUACCACAAGUUCUUGGGACGUGCUAUAUGAAAAAAGGCUGUCACUGA